AUGCCAAAUCCGGCCAGAAGAUCAUCGGACCGUCGAGAGCCUCCGCUAUCCCCAGCUAAUGUGGCGAUAUUUAAGCCACUGAAGUAUGCUUGGAAAAAGGCGGUUUCGGAUUGGCGUUGUGAAAAUGAUGGUGAAACACUAACAUUGCUGCACCUCGGACCUGUCCUUCAGAAUGCUAUGAACAGUGGAAUGAAGAAAGAGAGCAUCAUAAAUGGUUUCAGAGUGUGCGGUUUGUACCCAUUCAAUGUCGAAAACGUGGAUUCUAGCAAAUGCAUAGCCAAAGCGUCCUCGUCUGUACCAUCAGUCUGUAGCUACAUAGCUACAGAGAGUGAAAAUGUUCCGAUAAAUUCAUCACCAGCUCAGCUAGGCACCAUUUUUCCAACUUCGAAUAAUUCGAUUGAGAUCAUUGAAGAUACUCUAGUUAUGCUGAUUUCACCUCUUUAUGUGAAAAAAUCAGUCUUGAUCGCGUGUACUACGAUUAACGAAGCUGUGGAGAGUAUCGGAACCGCUCACUUACAUCGAAUAAUGUCAACGACGGAUCUGACUGAGGAUCAACAAGUCAUACGAUCGCUUUAUGAGACACUCCUCAAGCCAUUUCAUUACCAAAUUCCACAGACUAUAGAAAUACUUACCCUGGACGGUGAUCCUGUAGCCUUGAACGACGAACAAAGAGAAACUGAACUUGUCGAGUUAUCAAUAGAUACAUUACCGAUGGCCGAUACCGAUUUGAAAACGACGGGCCAUUUGGAAUCGAUUCACCUGAUGUGUCUAACGCAAGAGCAUCGUAUGAUAAUACUCCGUCAACGCUAA